AUGUUACCGUCCAUAUUCAUAGUACCUGGCUUUUAUGAAGGGCCCAGGGUUUUUGAUCCUCUCGUCGCUGUCUUACGCACGGCUGGGUUUGAGAGUAUACAUACGGCCACAAUCAAAAGCACCGGUACUAUACCACCGGGGAACCCUACUAUGGAUGAUGAUAUCGCCGCUCUUGCAAUUGAGCUGGCUUCUCUCGUUGAAGAAGCAGGCGACCGCGGAGUCGUGGCAAUUUUUCACUCUGCAGGGGGUUUCCUUGGCAGUGCAGCCAUGAAAGGGCUUAGCGUUGAAGCGCGCAAAUUGUCGGGUAAAGCCGGUGGUGUGAGAGCUAUCGUCUUUCUUGCAGCCGGUGUACUGCUUGAGGGGGCCGAACAAGAAUCAUGGCCUUUCAUGGAAGUAAAUGUAUGUUCGUCCCAGUUUGCUGCAAUGGAUGAUGUGGGAGUAACCAAGCUGACUUGCCAGGUCUCGAAUGGAACACAGACAUGCCGUAACCCUAUGGAUUUGCUUUUCCAUGAUUUUCCGUCAAUGGAAACCCACAAAUGGCUGGAAUUGAUCCAGCAUCAGCCAGUCAACUGGGGCACCACUUUGAAUUAUUGCGGAUGGAGAGAAGUACCAAGCACGUACAUCAUUUGCGAGGCGGACCGCCUCUUACCGAUGGAACUACAGGAGCAAAUGGCUUCACUAGCAAGCAGUAGGAAAGUACGGCUUCCUAAUGCUGGUCACAUGGCUCAGCUGAGCCAUGUACAUGAAGUCGCAGUGGCUGUACGAGAGGCAUGUCAAUAG